CGCCUGAGGAUAUUCUCCAACGAUGAUUGAGUCCAUUAAGCACAGAUUUGGGCGUAUUUAUUCUGGGUCAAUUUUUGGCAUAUUCCAAAGGGGUGGCAUCACAGAUUUCGGGCGAUUUAUCCGAAAUGUCAUUUUCUUUCGAUUCUGGAGGCUACAGAUCACCAAGGCCGAGGCUAUUCUCCACCGAUAAUGAAGUCUAUUGAUCCUAUUCUCCAUGGAUGAUAAGCCCGUUAAGCUUCGAUUUGGGCCAAUUUAUUUUCGGAUGGCAUUUCCGUAAUUUCUUGGGUGACGAAAGGCCAUUUUCUUUGGAUAUUGAAGGCUACAGAUCACGGAUUCGGCCUGAGGCUAUUCUCCAAUGAUGAUUGAGUCCAUCACAGAUUUCGGGCGAUUUAUCCGAAAUGCCAUUUUCUUUCGAUUCUGGAGGCUACAGAUCAUGGAAUCAGGCCGAGGCUAUUCUCCUCCGAUAAUGAAGUCUAUUGAUCUUAUUCUCCACGGAUGAUAAGCCCGUUAAGCAUCGAUUUGGGCCAAUUUAUUUUCGGAUGGCAUCUUCGUAAUUUCUUGGGCGACGAAAGGCCAUUUUCUUUGGAUAUUGAAGGCUACAGAUCACGGAUUCGGCCUGAGGCUAUUCUCCAACGAUGAUUGAGUCCAUUAAGCAUCGAUUUGGACGGAUUUAUUCCGGGUCAAUUUUUGGCAGAUUCCAAAAGGUUACCGCAUGACGUUUCUUUGACUUUAUAGCCCGGCUAAACUUUCAAGAUAUAAUAUAUUUUGAAAGGGUAAUUGAUUGUUUGUAAUGCAAAGCCCACAACCCACUGCAAAAAUUCAACUUUCAGGCCCGGUUUUCAUUGAAGCCCACUACCCAAAAAAAAAACCCAAACUGCGAUCCUUUUUGAGGGUCGAGGAAUAUAAAAGACUACACGCAGACACUUGCGAGAGCCGAUUCAUCGCUACUUUCAGCAGACGACGGAAGGCCGGCAGCCGGCGAGGGAUUUUUGGGCGGAGGGAGUGCUUUCUUCUCUUUUUCUUCACCGUGAUCACCGGUCUUCGUUAUCUCCGACUGAAGGCUCUCCAUUCGACCCUUUUCGGCAGGAAUCUUGUGUCCAGGUUUUGAGCCUUAUUGCCCUCUAGGCCGUUCGUGCAAUUAACGAACUGAUGCUUCCUAGUUGUAUCAUUCCUAAUUCCAGCUGCUCAAUCCCUUUCUGCGGGUUUCUCAUUUCCGUGAAUUCGGAUUCUAUAGUUCGUUUAUUGGGGAGGAACGGUUUAAGGUUUUCAGAGCUAUGUCGGUUACUCGAAUUCAUUAGGCUGGAGCUAUGCUCGUUUACUUCUGUGCCCUAGCUCUGUUUUUUGGCUGUAGGCGUGACUUAGAUAGAGCUCGAGUUCAUGUAUUCCUGUCUUGCUAUGCCACAUUUUGCACCAGAGCGGGGAAUUGAUCGUAGGGCGUUCUAUUUAGGGUUUCGUUUUUAAUUCCCAAAAUACCGUUUCGAGGGUUUGAUUGGAUAUUGAUAAGACCAGCGAUAAAGUCUGCACCUUGUAAGAACAGUUUGUUUUAUGGCGAUAUUCCUGAUGUGUUCACCGUGCUUUGAUCGGGUUUUUUUGGGUAUUUUCUCGGGGAUGGUUGAACUAGCUGUUCUUGCUGACUUGCGUGCCUGUUUCCCGGUCACAAGAUUAGGCGUUCUGUCUGUCCGUCAGUCGUUUGCAAUUCUCUGUUUCCUUGGCAUGAUGAUGGCUUUUAUAACAUGUUACUGAUUCUGUUCAAAACUUAUGAGCAGGAAGAUGACGCUAGGUGAGGAAGAAAUCACUAGGCUGUGGAGGAUCGGGAAGACUGUAUAUCAAAUGCUAAGGGACCGGGGGUACCUUGUCGUUGAAUCUGAGGACAAAAUAAGUAAACAUCAGUUCAUUUCAAAGCACGGCCAAAACAUGAAAAGGGAAGACCUUACAAUCCAGAAAUCUAAGAAAAAUGAUUCCAUGGAUAAGAUUUAUGUUUUCUUCCCGGAGGAAGCUAAGGUUGGUGUGAAAACAAUGAAGACCUAUAUAAAUCGCAUGAAAACAGAGAAUGUCUUCAGGGCAAUCUUGGUUGUUCAACACAAUUUGACUCCAUUUGCUAAAACAUGUGUAGCUGAAAUGUCGAACAAAUUUCAGUUGGAGGUCUUCCUGGAGGCAGAGCUGUUGGUCAAUAUCAAAGAUCAUGUUCUUGUCCCUACACAUGAAGUGCUCACAAAUGAGGAAAAGAAGACCUUGCUAGAAAGAUACACAGUGAAAGAAACGCAGCUGCCCCGGAUCCAGUUGACUGAUCCAAUUGCCAGAUACUACGGGCUGAAGAGAGGUCAAGUGGUGAAGAUUAUCAGGCCAAGCGAGACUGCUGGCCGAUAUGUCACCUACAGAUAUGUUGUAUGAACAACCCUCCUUCGCGGAUAAUGGAAGCCAUUUCAAUUCCAAUGCACUGGUCGCAUCGCUUGGAUAUCUCUAUUCCUUGUCCCUCUUUCGGUUCCAUUUGCUCUGGGUUUUUUGUGGAUUCUCUGAUUUGUAAGGCUACCUGUUUCCAGGCAGAGAGAUUUUGAUCCUAAUGUAAGGCAAGAUGGGUUGGUCACUGAGUAGAAAAAUAACGAUUAUGCUUGUUGGUUUUGUCUGGUUUAAGUUGGAUAAACAUUAUGACAGAAGACUUGCCUUAUUGUAUCACAGCACAGUUAGUCUCUCGUAUGAACUGAAAGCUCUCAAAGCUCGACAUGACCACCAAUUUUUUUGCUUAGAUUGGAUUGAGCUCUAUAUUAACUGACAAAGCUUGUUUCAUUUUGCUAAGCGCGAUUCUUUUGGUGUGAUAAAAACGUAAAGUUUUA